AUGCCUAUUUUCGACCUCUACAAGGCGGCGACCGACGCCGUCCUCAAGGGGCUCCAGAAGGCAAGCGGCGCCAAGAAGGCCAAGGCGGCGGCGUGGACCACCGGUCACAUCUACGCGGCGGCUCUCGCCUGCCAGCACACGGCCUUCGCGCUCUUACCACGAGCAUCCGCCCCCGCUGGCGCGCGGCGCGGUCACUGCCGCGUGACGAGGGUCACAUGCUUUCUGAACCUGCUCCGCGCCAUCCAAGCCAGGCUCGCGCCGCUGGCCACGACGCGCCGGCGCAGCCCGCGCCUCGACAUUGCCUUUGACGCUCUCGUGAUCGACGACGAUGACAAAGACAAUGACGGUAACGACGAUGACCAUGAUGACAUGCCGCCGUUCGACGUCGCGCAGUACACGGUGCCUGCCGCGAGCCCGACGCCUGACGAGGCAGCCCGCGACGCCCGACUCGCAGACUACGAGGCCGCCCAGUUUCGCGCCGCCUGCUGCUUUAUGGAUAUGGACGAGCUCAUGAGCGACGUCGUGGCUGCGUGGACCGCCGUCAAGCAGCAGCAAUCGUCGCUUGUCGCCGCGACGGCCGUCACCAACCACUGCGUCCGCGUCGCCGACGCGCUGGCGUCCGAGCUCACGCUGGAGCUGCCCUUCUUGACGCAACUCGGCGCCAUGAGCUUUCUCGCCGACAACAGCGAGGCGCUUCGGACGCUCGUGUUGGAGCACGCCGUGCCGCUGGCCGAGGCCGUCGCCUUUAUCAACACGCUGCAGCACAACCUCGCCAAGCCCGAGCCGAUCCCAAACCACGAAGCAGAAAAAGUGGCGUCUACGUCGCUCGGUGUGCCACGUCGGACGCCGCCGCCCUCGUGGCCCUUGUGUGGCGCGACGCCCGGACGCACACUGCGGGACUGGCAUGGACGCGCCAUCUCGACGACCUCGUCACGAUCGAGCGCGGGCUCCUUCCUUGCGCCAACAGGCAGUACCUGA